AUGAACAAAAAUUGGAAUGACAGAGCUGACAAAGACCUCUUUUUCACCAUCCUCUCUGUCAAGAACAUCGGUGUAAUAAGCGGCGGGGAAUGGACUACCAUUGGUAAUCAUAUGCGAUCCCUAGGAUAUGGCUUCACAAAUGAGGGAUGCCGUCAACACUUCCAAGGCCUCCGCAGAGCCCAGCAUAAGGUUGAAUCCGGUGGUAUAGAUGCCCAGCGCAGAUCUGACCCUACUCAAAACCCCAUCACACGGCGCCCCGGUCCAGGUCGUGGGCGGCCUAGGAAACAACCUCCGGCACCCAUUGCUGGUCUUGACCAUAUAUCUUCUCCUGGAGUACCAGGCCAAGUUCACGACGACGAGGAAGAUGCUACAGCUCCACAUGAUGGCAUGUCCGUUCAAAUCCCUAGCGAGGAGGCCGACUCUUUAGGCCUAGUGCAGGACGACUCGGGCCUUGAUGAACAACCACCGAAACGUCAGCGCCUCGAUGAGGAUGAUCAGCAACAGACUGAUGAUGCAGCCGUCUUGUCGUUAGCAGCAGAUGGGCUACCUGGGCACGAAGAUCAUUAUGGUCCACCUGAGUAA